AUGUCUUAUCAAACCUUUCACCCAACUACAGGAAGUGUCCAAACUUUUGACGAAAACAUUACAGAUGACGAGAGCAGCCCAUUAUAUCCUUUUGGAAAACCAGUAUUCUUAUCUAGUUUAUCUGUUCAAAUGGCAUUCGUUCGUAAGGUUUGGGUAAUUUUUACUAGUGAACUUGUCGCAGUUACCUUUACAACAGCCUUACUUAUCUAUAUGUAUGAUUGGAGACAUUUCCUUCAAAGACACAUAUGGACUUGGUGGGCUUCAAUUGGCAUAACAUUUAUUUUAUUGAUUGCUUUAACAUAUAAAUCCAACGAUGAUUUCCAACCACCAUGGUAUUUGAUCAUGAUAUAUACUUGUUUUAACGCUUAUGUUGUCGGUUUUCUUGUUUCUAUUCUUCGAUUGACUUUCGUACUCGAUACUUUAAUUUUGAUGCUGGUGGCGAGCUUUUCGGUGCUUGCAUUUACGUAUCAAACAUCUUAUAAGUUUAGAGCGAAAGAACCCAUAAUUAUUACCUCGGUGAUGAUUCUUAUAGCUUCCUUUAUACUUCAUCCUUGGUUCUUCAGUUUUGCUGAUUUGAUUCCGGCAUUCUCCUUUGCAUGGAUCUUAAGUUUAUAUUUCAUUUUGGAUACGUGGUAUUUGAUGAAACAAAUGAGCAAAGACGAAUAUUUGGGUGCGAGCAUGCAAUUGUAUUUGGACUUGGUUAUUCCGUUUAGAAUUAUUCAUCAUAUGUGUGAGCUUACAGCGGAAUAUGGGGAGGAAGAUUGA